UCAUGUUGCCGGUAUGCGCUCAAUGGAAUGCUGCGUUGGUGGGAUUGAAGGUGUCGCUGUUCUUCGCUUCGUCGGAAAAAGCUGUGUGGAUUUCGCAGGUCUUGGCAAGCUUCGGCGUCGGAAGCGGGACGCGAGACGGGUCGCUAGCGUGGAAACGCGAAGCAAGCGCGGUUUUGGGCACGUCGCGUCUCCCCGCCAUUGAUUGAUUGACAGCUUCAACCUUUACUCGAAUUCUACAGAACAUUGUCUGGAGAGUUGGCACAUCAUCUCUAACAAUGCCAGUGUCGAGAGCGGAGCGUCUUGCUCAGCUGCGAGCGCUGCGGAAGGCGGGCAAGACGGGCUUUGAUGCGUACGAGGUGCAAGAGGCCGACUCCAUCUACGAGACGGUGGAUGAUGAGCAGUACAAGCAGGUCGUUCGCAAAAGACUGGACGAAGAUGACUUUGUAGUAGACGACAACGGUGCAGGCUACGCUGAUGACGGACGCGAGGAUUGGCAAGACCAGCGGGUGGUGUACGAGGAUGAUGAGAGUGAGGAGGACCUGCCGAAGCAGAGCAAAGCUGCCAAACGGAAGCGCGAGGACGAUGUGGAGCGGCAACAGAAGCUCAAUCAAGGCAUCAGCAAGUUCUUCAGCGCCAAUGCAGCAGCCUCCGCACCAAAACCGAAGCCUGUCCGCACGGCAGAGGACGAUGACUUCUUGGCCGGUCUGCUCGGCGAAGUCGAUGCGAAUGUCCCUUCUCGUGCUCCGUCCUACGGCAAACCGAUCAAGAGUAAUGAUCGGAGGAAGACGAGGGUACUAUCUCCGCCGCGAGAAGAAUCAGUGCGCUCUUACAAGCGUUUGGCGCCUGAGAAUGUCGAGAGCACGCCACCUCAUCCCAUUGCGGCCGUCGUCAAUGAUAAUGAUGACGGCUACUACGUCCACCCGCAAGAUGAUGAUGUUCCCAUGAGCGACCCGUUGCCGUCCUCGCCAGCCGCCCAAGCCGGAGAGCGCAAGGAGCAGACGGUCAUUAAGAAAGAAGCUGCUGAGGAUGACGACGACCUCAUGGAAGUCGCCGAAGCCCAGGGUCAUGCUGCUAUGAAGACCGCCAACGUCAACAUCAAGGGUAGCAGACCCGCGCCGAAGAUUGUCAAGUCGUCGUAUCCGACACCCGACAGCUCUUCGCCGACGCGUGCACCAGAGGAUGGCAUUGACAUGACGGCCAUCAACAAUGUCACGGAGAAGCUCAAUAUCCUCAGCAGCUCGUCAAGCGAAGCAGUGAGUGCUGGAAAGAUUGCUGCUAAGGACGCACUGGAAGAUGACGGUACGCUGCGGUUUUUCUGGACUGACUACACCGAAGUCAAUGGCAGCCUGUGUUUGUUCGGCAAGGUGAAGAAUCGCACCAAGGGCACUUACGUAUCAUGCUUCGUCAAGGUCGAUAACAUCCUCCGCAAGCUGUAUUUCCUGCCACGCGAGCACCGUCAGCGGCAUGGACGUGACACCUCUGACGAAGUCGAGAUGAGUGACGUCUACGAAGAAGUUGAUGGGCUCAUGACGAAGUUCAAGGUGAACAUGCACAAGAUCAAGCCAUGCUCGAGGAAGUAUGCUUUUGAGCUACCGGACAUACCGCGAGAAGCGGACUACCUCAAGCUGCUCUAUCCAUACGACAAGCCAGCCUUACCAAUGGGUAUGACUGGAGAAACAUUCUCCCACGUCUUCGGUACGAACACGGCACUGUUCGAGCAAUUCGUGCUGUGGAAGAAUAUCAUGGGCCCUUGCUGGCUCAAGAUCGAAGGUGCCGACUUCCAGGCUGUCAACAACGCCUCGUGGUGUAAGUUGGAAUUGCAGGUCACGAAGCCUAACGGCAUCACCACGGUCGGCGAUUCAGACAACCUAGAAGCACCGCCCAUGACCUUAAUGUCGCUUGCGCUGCGUACGACUAUGAACGUCAAGGAGAACAAGAAUGAAAUACUCGUCGCCAGUGUACGCUUCUACCCAGACGUGCAGCUGACAGACACCACGCCGCCCGAGAAGCUUCCAAGUCGCACCUUCACCUUCAUGCGUCCCAACGGCGAGUACCCGCUAGGCUUCAAGCUUGAGGCUGAGAAACACAAGGGUCAGAUACUUAUGGAGAAGAACGAACCUGCACUGCUCAGCAAAUUGCUGGCCAUUAUUCAGAUGCAUGAUCCCGACGCCUUCGUGGGCCACAAGCUGGACGACGUCGAUUACAACGUCCUGCUCACACGAAUGCGCGACCGCAAAACGCCCGGCUGGCAUCGCAUUGGCCGCCUAAAGCGCAGCGACUGGCCGAAGAACGUUGGCAAGGGUGGCGGCAGUUUCUUCGCUGAGCGCCAUCUUGCUGCCGGUCGCCUGCUCUGCGAUCUUGCGAACGAUAUGGGCAAGAGCAUAAUGACUGCCUGCCAGAGCUGGAGUCUCGAUGAGAUGGUCAAGCUGUAUCUUGGAGGCAAUCAUGUGCGCAAGGAGAUCGACAACGACAAAGCGCUCGCCAUGGCCGCCACCCGAGAAGGCCUGAUGAACUACGUUAAGAUGUGCGAGCUGGAUACGUACUUCAUCGCCGCAAUCGCGCUAAAGCGGCAACUCCUGCCCCUGUCGAAGGUUCUGACAAACUUGGCUGGUAACUCCUGGGCCCGAACACUCUCUGGUACGCGCGCUGAGCGGAACGAGUACAUCUUGCUGCAUGAGUUCUACCGCAAUAAGUUCAUUUGUCCCGACAAAGUUUACGGCAAAGGCGCGGCAAAUAAGAAGCUCGAAGACACUGCGGACAAUGGUGAUGAGGCCGAUGCCGCGGACACGAAGAAGAAGGACAAGUUCAAAGGCGGUCUCGUCUUCGAGCCGGAGAAGGGUCUGUACGACAAGUUCAUCCUCGUCAUGGACUUCAACUCGCUUUACCCGUCCAUUAUUCAAGAGUUCAACAUCUGCUUCACCACUGUCGACCGGUCAGACAUUGGCGCGGACGAAGACAAGGUACCUGAAGUGCCGGAGGACACGGCGAACAAGGGCAUCUUGCCGCGUCUGAUUCGCACACUCGUCAGCCGGAGACGAGAGGUCAAGAAGUUGAUGAAGGACAAGAGCAUCUCCGAGGAGCAGCGGCAGACUUGGGACGUGAAGCAGCAGGCCUUGAAGCUCACCGCCAACUCCAUGUAUGGUUGUUUGGGGUACACCAAGUCGCGCUUCUAUGCCCGGCCCCUAGCCGCCUUGACGACGAGCAAAGGUCGUGAGAUUCUGCAGUCGACUAAGGAGCUGGCCGAAUCUGCGCACGCGUUGCGCGUUAUCUAUGGUGAUACUGAUUCGGUUAUGGUCAAUACGAAUAAAGACAAUAUCCUCGAAGCGAUCAAGAUGGGCAAUGAGUUCAAGAAGGCGGUUAAUGAGCGGUAUGAGCUGCUGGAGAUUGAGAUUGACAAUAUUUUCCGUCGCCUGCUGUUGCAUGCGAAGAAGAAGUAUGCCGCCAUCAAUAUGGUCGAGGAUAAUGGGGUGUGGAGGGAGAAGAUGGAGGUGAAGGGGUUGGAUAUGAGGAGGAGAGAGUACUGUCAGCUGUCCAAGGACACCUCUACGGAACUCCUCAACUACCUCCUUUCCGGCGAAGAACCCGAAAAAGUCGUCUCCCAUAUCCACGACCACCUUCGCUCGCUAGGCGAGAAGAUGCGCUCCAACGCCAUUCCCGCCUACAAAUACACCAUCUACACCCAACUCGGCAAAGCGCCCAAAGAAUACCCGAACGCCAACUCCAUGCCCUCCGUCCAAGUCGCCCUCAAGCUCAUGGCCAAGGGCAAACAAGUCCGCGCUAAAGACGUCAUGUCCUUCAUCAUCUGCGGCUCCAGCGGGGGUUCCGCCGAGAACGCCGCCAAGAAUGCUUGUACGUUGGAUGAGGUUCUUGCGAAGGAUAGUGGACUCGUGCCGGAUGUGGAGUACUAUCUUCACAAGCAGAUUUUGCCUCCCGUGGAGAGAUUGUGUGUGCCGAUUGAGGGGACGAAUGUCAGUUUGUUGGCGGAGUGUUUGGGGUUGGAUACGAGUAAGUAUCGGCUUAGUGGGGCGAGUAAGACGAGCGAGGGGGGAAGAGGGGAUGAGAUUACCACGCUGGAGAGUCAGGUGCCGGAUCAUAUUCGGUUCAAGGAGUGUGAGGGGUUGGGGCUGCUGUGUUUGGGGUGUAAGAGACAUUUCGAGUUCCGAGGACUGAAUCAUCAGCAACCCUCCACCAGCACGCCGGAAGAGGAAACGACCCCCAUGGCGGUGGUGGCGCACACGGGUCUCACCUGUCCGCGAGAAGACUGCCGAAGGACCAUCUCCACCCUUGCGCUCUCGGCGCAACUCGAAGCGCAAAUCCGCAGACAUACCUCCCGCUACUACGCCGCCUACCUGAUCUGCGACGACGCCGCUUGCGGCAUCCGGACAAGACAGAUGUCCGUCUAUGGCCAUCGCUGCUUAGGUCCAAAGGGACUUGCGCACGGGUGUUCCGGGCGGAUGAGGUUCGAGUAUGGGGAGAAGGCGUUGUACAAUCAGUUGUUGUUUUUGCAGGGGCUGUUUGACGUGGAGAAGGCGGUGGGAAAAUUGGGGGUGAAGGGGGAGGAGGAUGAGAAGGUCAAGGUGAUGGCUGAGCUGAAUAGGGAGAGGUUCGGGGUUUGUCGAGAGGUGGUUAAGGCUUACUUGGAUAAGAGUGGGUGGGGGUGGGUUUGUAUGGAGGGGUUGUUUGGGUUUGCGCGGAAGUAAAGGGAGAUGGUGGGUGAGAUAUUGGAUUGGAUAUUGGGGUUGCUGGCUAGAUAUGGUUGGAUCGAGACUGAAGCGGUUACCAGAUAGCCUCUUCUACGUGCUCCCCGAUCGAUUAUAGUCAUCAAGCGUUCCGAUAGGGAGUAGGUGAAGGAAUCUAUACUUUUCCUUUUCCAACGGCCUAGUGCGCUGGCACAAGGUAGGCUGUUGCACGAAUGCAUUGGCUGCCUGGCGACAAGAGAGUUAAUGCCGCUGAAGGCUCUGGCUUGAUCAAUACAUACGCGCUGCCAGCAUGGAGAUUCAGCUGUACACCUAGCGGCCUAGACAAGAGAC